AUGGCGGCGGCUUUGAUAUUUAAGAGAGUUUUUUUCGUUGCCAUGUUGAUGACAUUGGCAUGUCAAGUCAUGUCUUCAGGAUUCCAAGAAGCCGAGAUUGCUUUGAAACAUGAGGAAUGGAUGGUUCGGCAUGGACGGACUUACAGGGACCAGACAGAGAAGGAAAUGCGUUUAGAGGUAUUUAAGCAAAAUCUCGAGCUGAUUGAAAAAUUCAACAAGGAGGGCAAUCGGUCAUACAAAUUAGGCAUCAAUCGGUUUUCAGACUUGACUCAGCAAGAAUUCGUUGCUUUGCAUACUGGCUACAAGAAAAUGCCAGAAGAUAUACAAUUAUCUUCAACAUCUCUUGUAACUUUCAGGUACGAAAAAGUAAGCCUGGAAGAAAUUCCAAGAUCCCUAGAUUGGAGGCGGAGAGGAGCUGUAACUCCUGUGAAAAACCAAGGCAGUUGCGGAUCUUGCUGGGCAUUUUCCGCGGCGGCAGCUUUGGAGGGAUUAGUGAAGCUGAGAUAUGGUUAUUUGGUCUCCCUUUCGGAAGAACAAUUAAAGGACUGCAUCCCAUAUGGUGACGGACUUUGUUCUGGUAACUUGCCAUCGAAAGCUUUUGAGUAUAUUGCAAAAAAUGGAGGUAUCAGCUCCUUUAAUAACUACCCAUAUUAUCCAAGGCAAGGGUAUUGUACAUGGGCACCAUCAGUCCCAGGUACUCAAAUACGUGGAUACGAAAUAGUACCACCCAAUGAAAUGUCAAUGCUAAAAGCUGUAGCGAUGCAGCCAUUGUCAAUUACCCUUUCUGCAGGAAGUCCAGCCUUCCGUUUUUAUUCAAGUGGUAUACUCGAUGAAGAUUGCUAUAUUGAAGAAAUCGACCAUGCUGUUACUCUGGUUGGGUAUGGAACUAGUGAAGAUGGGAUAGAUUACUGGUUAGUUAAGAAUUCGUGGGGUGAGGCUUGGGGUGAAAGAGGUUACGUUAGGAUAAAGAGAAAUUCUGCUGAUCCCCGGGGAACUUGUGGUGUUACUGCCGAGUCUCCUACAUUUCCAUUUGCAUAAUUAA